UUUAAUAAAUUGUUAAUAGGAAGAUGAAUCGCCUGGUUAUCGUACUUACCCUCAUCAAAAUAGCAUAUGGCCUGGUAGGAUAUGACUGCAAUGGCAACCACCUCAACGUUACCACUAUCUCUCUAAACUCCAUCGGUGACUGCAGCAUACAGCCUGCGAUGACUGAAACCCAAGAUAUUUAUAUUCAACUAUUGCAACUCUCAGAAUUCGAAUUUACCAGCGUAAGGCAAUGCAAGGUGCAAAUAACUCGAAUUAUAUAUUACUGCGGCAUGCACUCCCACAUGUCGGCAGUGCAUAACGGAUUCGGCGAAUACCUCCAUGAAACAACCGCCCAACAAUGUGCAAGGAUGCACCAAGACGGCACGUUUUCACUCGGGCCACAAAACCUUAUAGUAGGCCUAAAGGAUAACGCAACAGAAACAAGCUCGCUUGUCCUAGCCAACAAGUUAACAGACGACGGCAGCUGCCAGGGAACGCAGUAUGUAGACCCAUAUGGGAGCUGGGAAAAGGUCGUCGUAUAAGCCACAGUAAGGAUAAGUUUAAAAUCAGCAGUUGUGCCAGUACGGAUCGAGGCGAACAAAAUUAUACUGAAAUCAGGAACGGUAUGUACCUUUAGCGAAGGAAACUGUCUAGACGCUGAAGACGGAUACACUUAUUGGCAACCACAACCACCCUCACCAUGCAAAUUUGAUCAAUACGAUGUGCUAUAUGAAGGAAUUGCUACAAAGAUCCAGGAAAUAAAAACCAACAGGGAAUCAGCACAACCAGUUUACGCACUAACAACGCAGGAAGUAACAUUUGCACUGACCAAAACUGGAGAACAGCCACUGUGUGGAUAUACCCUACUAUCCACUGAACAUCCCAAAUUAUUCCUGUUAGAAACAACAAGAGGAAAUACGUUUAUCUCCAAAAG